AUGCCGCCUGCAGAGACAAUUGUCCUGUCCACUGGGCCCGACUCCGAUGGCACUGGCAUUGGACCGCCGGAAACGACAGGAAUGUACCAGGAUGACGAGCACUACAUCGAAAAAAUUGCUGCCAUGUGGGCAAAGGAUCAAAGGUGUCCAGGUGGGUAUGCCUAUCGACUCGAUCGCCUUCCAACUGGUUACUCUGGUUGGGUCAAGCCUCGCGGGGGCGAUACGAAACAUGUCGACAGAUACCUCUACGGCCACCCCAGUGGUAAGCACUUCAGAUCCAACAAUGAGAUAUACCCGCACUUCAAACACCUACAGGAUCAUGGUGGAUCCGUCGGUUGUCCUUGUCCGCUAUGCUCAGGCAAAAAGACUGCCAAGAAAGCUACCAGUACAGGUAAUUCAAUGUCCAGUGGUAGUCCCGCUGAAAGAUCAGGAUUCUUUGCUGCGAGCUCUUCUUCGAGGCCAACGAAAUCUGCUGAACCUCCAAGGACCGACCCCAAGUUCCUACAACACCUCCCUCAGGGUCGUCUGACCUCAGACUCUCCCGCACCAGCGCAGCGAAGGAAACAGGUUGAUGCCGAGGGAACGACGGAUCUCUAUCGACUACUGAUCGACAAGCUCCAGGCUGCGGGUCCAGAGUCAAGCGUCAGCGAGAAUAUCAUAGACUCUAUGUCACCCGACUGGCGCGCUGGAAACGAGAUGCUGCACGAGCUGUUUGCUUCUUGGUCUAACCUACCCAGCUAUGUGCCACGUCCAGGAGAGGUCGUGCUCUUUGCACGCAAUGUCCUGGAUGACGGCCUGGCCUGGGAUAAAUCUGCCCAGACCUUGCGUCGCAUAGAUGCUCAGGAUUCAACAUGGCUCGACAAGCCCAGAUGGGAUGUCGGUGUGGUGACUCAAACCCCAGAAGAACCAGUCUCACCCGAAGACUUGACAACUUUAUCUCAGCAGAAGAGGCAAAACGUGACUUACUCUGGCUUCCGAAUCGAACCAAUGUCAGAACCGUCAAGUAACGACAAGCACCACGCCAGACAGCACAAAUAUGUACCGUUGCAUGCAAUUCGACCUUUCGCCUUCUGGCGAGAGUGCCUUGGCAGCACAGAAGAAACGGAACGGCCAGUGACGCUCAAGCAUGCUAUGACCGUGGCCAACAGCCUUUGCAUUCUAGGCAAAUACUCUUUCAAGGGUACUUGGCCGUCCGCCACACUGUUCGCAAGAGGCUUGUAUCUCGGCCCAGAGAUGAUCAUGGUCGGGGACAUUGUCCGUCUGUUUCCCAAACCUGGUGAACAGCGUGGAGACUCCAUCACUGAUGUCUUGGCCGUGACCUCGAUUCGCUUACGCUUCGUCAACCUAGAUGAAGCCUCUGACGAUGACUACGACAAUCGAGAAGCAUACGUCAAUUGUCUCCAUAUCUGCGGCCGUGCCUUUACGCUGGAUCCUAAGAGGUCGUUUGGAGGGAUUGGAAAAUCCCCAGCGACACCGGGACAACGUGGCGCGCCGCCAGCUCUCUCAGGCUUCGGCACCUGGUUUUACGUGGGCGACCCAAACGAUGGCAAGGGUAAAUUGGAGCUACCUUUCCAGAGAGUUGCCGGCAGAUUUUAUGAGGAGUCUGCAGUGCGGGCCUGGUUCGCCACACCGAUUGAUAUGCCUCCGCCUGCCAGCUUUCAGGCCGUCAACACGAAGCCAGUGGAGAAAACGAAGAUCCUGGAUUUAUCGCAAGGCUUCGCCGCCAUCCGCCAAGCGCGAGAGUACAGCCUCCAGCACGACAGUCGAAUCGAUCGAGCAGCCGGAAAAUCUUGGUUUUGGGCAGAUACUAGAAUCGAGCAACUCGACCUACACGAGAUCAAUGGACGUUUCGUGGGCGUCAAAGACGAAAAUCGCACUCGAAAGACCAUGAAUUCCUGGCGACAAGCGUUGGAAGUAAUGGACGGCAAGCGUGGUGGUGUUGAAGCUUAUCAUGCUGCUCGCAAACAGCGGCAGGAGGACGAGAAGCGACGUGAAAGUGCAGCUGUUCCUGGCACCUCGUGGGGUCUGAUGGCAGCAGCCACGCAGGUGGAUAGCACGGAUCAAGAUGAGAUUGCUGACGACGACGCUGAAGAUGGUGAGGUCGAGGAGACGGCAGAGGACGUCGACAACGAGAACGAGAACGCAAUGGACGUCGACGAGGGACAGCCACCGUCAGCCAGAGCAGGUGCCGCGAAUGUGAUCGAUCUCUCAGCGGAGGACGAUGAAGACGAGCUCAUGAUCGAGUGA